UAUUCCAUCUACAUCAGACUGCAGGUUUACACAGGAAGAAAGUUGAGAUUGUUGUAUGAUUGAUGAGAGACAAAAAGAGUAAUCUGGCUGUUCAGUUAUCAGUGAUUGUUUUAGUAUCAAGCGAACAUCAUCAAAAUGGAGGUCUCUAUCGCUGUUAGAUUUGAACUCGAUGGCAUAUACUGCAACCGCAUUCGCAAACGAAUAUGGAAUUAGCACCAGCGCAAAUUGCACAAGUAUGUUCAUCGGGCCAUCUUGUAGCUGCAUCAACUGUUCAGCUGAUAAAUGCACCCUCUGCUGCAAUUCACCCCGCAUCAGAUGUUGUGAGUGCUAUAUGUGCGACAGCACAAAUUGCAGGGUCACCGACUGGGAAUUGGUAACUGUCACCCAACUCAUAAUGUCUUCGGUACUAUUUCUCGGUAUAGUUAUUACGAUCAUACUUUUCUUCAGGGUCUGUCAAAGGGACAUGCAGACGGAGCAAUCGAGAUCUGAUUUGUUGAUAUCCGAAUGUGGCGGUGAUAAUGUCAGCAUAAAUUCUAUACAGCGUUCCAUUUUGGAAAGAUUACGAGAUAGACCGCCAAGGUACAAUGAAAUUUAUGGCGCACCGCCGCUCUACAAUUCCGCUAGCAACAGAGCAGCGAUGACGGAAGCACCUCCAGUUUAUGAAAGAUCUUCAGCAGAUGAUUCAGUGGCAUCAAGUAGAAUAGCUGCACAGGGACAAACGAGUAAUGUGCAGACACCACCGGUCGCCCAUUACAUAUGACUGUCGAAAGAAGGACGAGUUUUUUUGCCAGCAUUGUACAUAUUUAUUGUAUAAACAGUAGUAAAGGACUAUUGAAAUAAUCAAAAGAAAA